GAGGAAUUUACGAGUAGUAGUAGUAGCAUAAUUAAAAAAAUAGAUACAUUCCUAUUAUUAUUCAAUUCAUUUGAGAUAAAUUGUUGUCAAGUUUUAAAAACAUUAAUCGUGCUCUAUCCCUCAUAUAAUUUUUUGAAAGCUAAGGCAUACACUCUUGAGCAAUUUGACAAAUAAUGAAUAAUUGUUUAUUAUUAAAAAAAAUUAUGUACCAGAACAUGUUAGUGACGUGCAUGUGCGUUGCAAUAAAGUUUUCGGGUUUUGAAACAUGGCAGCCCACCAGGUCCGCACAGGUGUCAGAUGUGCUUUAAAAGUCAUAGUAAAAGAACGACCUCCGACUGUAAAGAAAACCUCUCUUCUGACUAGCAGUUUAUCUGGAAAAACAGGUUCCAGCUGCUGGAGGACAUUCUGCUCAUCCUCGUCAUUGAGAUCCUCGGACUCUCCAUUAGAAGCGGGUAUUUGUGGCUCUGGUGACGUAUUAGGUCACUUUGAUCGCCUGGUUCAGCGUGGUUCUGUGAGAAGAGAUGAUCAGCAGAUAUAUGUCCUCCAGCGGCUAGCUCAGGUGCAGCACCAGUUAAAAACCUACAGCCAAAAAAUCUACCUGAACCCACCAAAUCACUCGAAAGGGGUUAGCAGGCAAUCUCAGGGUGAUGACGUCACAUCAAGUAGAAAGGAGGAACCCAUCCCACCAUUACUGCCACCUAAAGGUCUCUACAUUUAUGGAGGUGUUGGCACAGGGAAGACCAUGCUCAUGGAUUUGUUUUACUCUCACGUGGAAAACGGCCGUAAAAAGCGAGUCCACUUCAAUAGUUUCAUGUUGGACGUCCACAAACGGAUCCAUCGGAGGAAACAAAGCCUGCCAAAACGAAAGCUGGGGAAAAUGUUCACCUAUGACCCCAUAUCGCCGGUUGCCAUGGAGAUCAGCAAGGAAAUUUGCCUCUUGUGUUUUGAUGAGUUUCAGGUGA